AUGGCGGACGAUAGUAAGGCGGACGAUAGUAACAUGGACAACGCUGGCCAAAACGGCACCGAGGAGCCUGAAGUGGUCAAACCGUUAAAGAUCGGUGUGGACUUCCUCAAUUUUGAGCAUUUCAAAAACCGCUACACCGACGAGGAUGGCACCGCCAUUAUCGAGGUCCUUUGUGGCCACUCGCAAAUCUCCCAAGAAGUCGCCAGAGAAAUAUUGAGACGCAGCCACGGAAGGAAAGACAUCAGGGCUUCCACGCCCAAGCCCAAGCUAACGGUGGAUGAUGACUCGACCUGGAUUCAACGGGUUCGAAUCCAGUCUCCCCAGUUGAUCCAGCUGCUUUCACGCCUGACGGGUCACCGCGACACGUGGUCGACCGGCUUGCCGCGGACUUUCUUCGCACCAUUUCGCAGCUUUGCACACUACCUACCGCAGCUCAAAGACUGCCUUACGAUCCUCGAGGAAAGGUGGGCAGUCGGAGAGACACCUAGCCGAGCACCCGGUCCGGAUGGUGCGAUAAACCCGUCGCCUCCCGGCCAAGACGAGGAGGAGGAGGAAAAGAAGAUUCAUGUCCGCUCAGGACAUCCCAGCUCGGACAGCGACUCGGACAGUGACAGUGACAGUGACUCGGACGACGCAUCACCCAUGGCGCCUGAGCUGGCGAUUACAGGCGAUGUUGUCGAUUCCGUCAUCACACUCGACCACCUUAGGACGUUUGUCGAAUUCAUCGGGGAUUAUAUCCAGCCGCUGUGGCGCCGUGCUGUGGGCACCAGUCAACGCAAGUUUCGCUUCAGCCACCUCGGCAUGGCCUUUCAGCCUGGUGAGGUCCUCUACGUCCCAUCGGCAUUCGACCCAGCUCAAAGCGCUGGCAAGGCCUCCUCCACCCAAAGCUCAAACACGAAGAUGUACCAGCCAGCUUGGAGGCUGUACAGCUUGGUGCUCAGCGUGGUCAAAGACGACAAGCUCGAUGACACACAAAAGGUGUCGAAGCGGAACCUCAUUCUCCACGCUUACUAUCUGGACUACGACGGCAAGGCGUACGUGCCUGUCUGCCACGAGUUUCUGAUUGGCGACUACGAGGGUGCGCGCGAUAUUACCAGCAUGCAGGUAUAUCCCCUCCGCUUCGUCAAGGAUUCCGACAAGAUUCAGGGCCAACUAACCAAGGAGGGAAUCUGGUUUCGGGAGGCUGUCGCAACCAAGCAUCUCUCCUGUGAAGGUUGGACGCUGACGUGCGGGCCUGACGGCGCCGAGCCGGACCCCAAGCCCUCUUCCUACCCCAUCGUGGAGCACAUCGACGGCGAUGUGAUUAUUGAUUUUUUGGAAGGUUACAAGUCCGAGGCUCUGACUGGCCUGGUGCCCACGCAGGGUCUUACGACUUUCACCGAUUUUGACUGGCCGGAUGGAGAUGAUGAAGUUUCCAUCAUCAAGUGGAAGCCGUCCGCCAACACUGGCCGACUUGAGCCUGACACCACACUGAGGGAAAAGACGCAGCGAGGUGAAUGGUAUGGUGACCAGUUCAGAAAGAGCACAAUCAGCACCAGAGCCAGCCUGAAAGCUUAUCAUAACGGUGGGCUCAUCAGCGACCCAGAAGAGGCUGAGCUGUUGUUGCUCCCGCGCCGCGUUGUCGCCUACACCUUUCGAGAACGGCGAUUUGUGAUGCUCGACGUCCGCUCGCUAGCACCCCUCUCGGUGACGGACAACGUCUUCAACGACCUGAAAAUCGACGAAUCACACAAGAGGAUGGUGAAGUCGCUGGUCAAAUCGCAUUUGGACAAACAGACCGCCCAGAAGCAAAGUCCGGGUAUCAAUCUCAACCAAGACAUCAUUCGCGGCAAGGGAUCGGGGCUCGUCAUUCUCCUGCACGGCGUCCCCGGCGUCGGCAAGACUGCGACAGCGGAGGCGGUUGCCCAGGCGAACAAAAAGCCCCUAUUUAUCAUUACAUGUGGAGACCUUGGCUUCACACCCAAGGAGGUUGAGGAUUCGCUCCGGGAUAUUUUCCGUCUCGCGCACUUGUGGGACUGCGUUCUUCUCCUUGAUGAGGCAGACAUUUUUCUCUCUCGUCGCGAACUGGGUGAUCUCAAGCGGAAUGCUCUGGUAUCAGUUUUUCUCCGUGUUCUCGAAUAUUAUUCGGGCAUCCUGUUCCUCACGACGAACAGGGUCGGAUCGCUAGACGAGGCGUUCAAGUCGCGAAUCCACAUCAGCUUGUACUACCCUCCGCUGAACAGGCGUCAGACGCUAGACAUCUUCCGAGUGAACAUUCGGAAGCUCCAGGAAAUUGUGAACAGGAAGCAUGCGCUACAACCCCAGAAGGCAUCUUCCACCGGCCCCAGUGAGGAUGCUGUCGUCGAGGCUCAGCAGCCCACAUUUACCGUUCACGCCGGGAGCAUCCUUCAUUGGGCAUGCUGGCAUUUCGAUGUGAACGAAGGAACGAAACAGCAGAGAUGGAAUGGAAGACAGAUUCGCAACGCUUUCCAGGUUGCCUACUCCCUUGCCCAGUUUGACAUGCAUCAGGGCUCGGCCCAGGAGGAUGAUGGGAGGCUUGCCUCCGACGCGGUACCUCUCAGUGGAGGCGAACGGCUGGACUGGGAGCAGUUCAACACGGUCGCCAAGGCAAUGGAAAAGUUCGAGGACUAUCUUUUCGAGGCCACAAAUAGCACUGCCAGCGAUCAAGCUCGAGUGGAACAUAUCCGACAGGACGCGUACAACGGCAGCAGCAGCAGGUUUCCAGAGAAGCCAGAGUACGAUCCGUCAGGAUACCAGCGUGCACUAGCUGCCCGCCGUGGCGGUCGGGGCAACCACCAAAGCCAGCUUGUGUCGUCGAGAAACGCACAUGGGAAUUACCGUCCCGAGUAUCGGCCUGAUUACCAACCGCCUUCUUCGCUUCGAGAUGUCCAGCCGGCCACUCCGGUACGGAACACCCAAGAAAGGCGCACUCCAGCCAGGACCCCUAAUCAACGUACCCCGAACGUCCCGGGUGGCGGUGGCGGCCCGCUCAACGGGGAUAUGCCGUCCUGGCCGUCACCCCAUGGUUACCAGCAGCAGGGUCAGUAUCGAGCGGGCGGAAAUGACGGUAGGAAUACGGGCUACAUCACCAACAAGUCCCUCAACGGCCCCGCUUCUCGACGCAGGGACUCGGGCUACUCGGCGGGCGUGGGUACUGCCGCGUUGCGGACCCCUGGGCCCGGCACUGCGGGAGGUUGGGAUAUUGAUGGGGCUAGUGAUGGAAGGUUUGAUGACGGCCAGGCUGGACAUUAUGAUGACCAGUUCUUUGAAGAGGACGGGCAGCUUGGAUUCGACACCGUGGAUGGGCAAGAUGGCAACGGAUACGUCCCAGGAGAUGGCUUUGAUGAUUAUCAAGAGGAUGCGGACACCGGGAAUUAUCGCUAG